AUGUUUUCCCCGGACGAACAGGCGGACGACUUCCCGAAAGCAGCCGAGGCAAUAAAGGAAAACCACUACGUCGACGAUUAUUUAGACAGCGUAGAUACAGUCGAGGAAGCAGUACAACUGGUGAAAGAAGUUAGAACUGUCCACGCCACCGGAGGAUUUGAUAUUCGGCAUUGGAUGUCGAAUUCACCAGAAGUGAUCGAGCGAAUUGGAGACGGUAGCGAAGGUACAACCAAACACUUCGUAAUGGACAAAUGCAGCAGUACAGAACGCGUGCUAGGAAUGACCUGGCAGCCGAGCGAGGACAUAUUCUCGUUUUGCAUCCAGUUACGAGAGAACCUUCAGCGUUUUAUCGCGGGAGAGGCAGUACCAACGAAACGAGAAGCCCUGAGCGUGGUGAUGAGCGUCUUCGACCCUCUGGGACUGGUAGCGGUGGCGUUAGUUCACGGGAAGGUGCUGCUUCAGGACAUAUGGAGAGCCGGUGUUGGCUGGGAUGAGCAGAUUCCGGCGGAAACAACUAUUCGGUGGAAGGAGUGGGUCCAGAUGUUGAAGAAGCUUGAAGAGGUGAAGGUACCCCGCUGUUAUUUCCCUGGCUACGGAAAACAAGCCUACGAAACGCUGGAACUGCACAUAUUCGUCGACGCCAGUGAAUCAGCUUACGCGGCAUGUGCCUACUUCCGCCUGGUGGAUCAGGGCAUCAUCCGCUGUUGCCUUGUUUCAGCAAAAACAAAAGUCGCACCUCUCAAACCGCUAUCUGUUCCUCGGUUAGAGCUUCAAGCCGCCGUUAUGGGAGCUCGCUUGAUGGAAACCGUUGUUUCCAACCAUACACUGAAAAUCCAUCGGAGAGUACUCUGGAGCGACUCAACAACAGUGCUGUCGUGGCUGCAAUCCGAUCCACGGCGUCGCACACAAUUUGUAGCAUUCAGGAUUGGCGAGAUCUUGGAGCUCACGGACAUUAAGGACUGGCGUUGGGUACCGACAAAAUGUAACGUUGCGGACGACGCUACCAAAUGGGGACACGGACCCAAUGUGGACCCGAACAGCCGCUGGUUUAAAGGACCAACUUUCCUGUACGAGCGAGAAGAAGAUUGGCCUCAACGAAAACUUCCUUUGGCUGAGUCUCAGGAGGAGCUGCGUCCCUUGUACGUACAUACCCAUGUUGUAGUGGAACCAACAUUGGAUUUCAAACGCUUCUCCAAAUGGGAGCGACUGAUACGAUGCGUCGCAUUCGUGCGCCGUUUCUACGAAAACUGCCUGCGGAGAAUUCGACGACAACCAUUGUGUUCUUCAACAAGUUUAAGUCGAGAAGAACUGAGGAAUGCGGAGUUCGCUGUGUGGAGACUGGUUCAACUGGACGCGUAUCCGGAAGAGUUCGCGGUGCUGCUGAAAAACCUAAAUGUUUCACCUGAUCAGCGGCAGAAGAUUAAGAAAUGCAGUAGACUUCACGGUCAAUCUCCGGUUAUUGGGGAAGGAGAGCUCAUCCGAAUGGAACGCCGGACGAGGGAAGCGGAUUGGAUUUCUACGGAUGUAAAAUUUCCGCUAAUUCUACCAAAAGAACACUACGCGACUUUCUUGUUGGUCGAUUGGUAUCAUCGUACGUUCAGGCACGCCAACAGGGAAACUGUGACGAACGAGGUAAUGCAGAAGUACUUCGUGUCGGCCUUGAGAGUUCUGGUGCGAAGGGUAGCUACUCUUUGCAACUGGUGUAGAGUCUACAAAGCGAAACCUGAAAUACCACGGAUGGGACCACUUCCAGAUGCGCGUUUAACCCCGUACGUUCGACCCUUUACGUUCGUUGGGUUAGACUACUUUGGCCCUCUAACGGUAAAGAUCGGCCGAAGCACCACCAAGCGAUGGGUAGCACUCUUUACGUGCUUGACGGUACGCGCGGUCCAUUUGGAGAUAGUUGCAAGUCUCUCCACGGAAUCUUGCAAACUGGCGAUUCGUCGGUUCAUUGCUCGCAGAGGCGCACCAGCGGAGAUAUAUUCCGACCAAGGAACGAAUUUUCAGGGAGCGAAACGGGAACUUCAGACCGAAAUCUCCGCCAUCAACAACUCUCUCGCUGGAAUUUUCACCAAUUCUGCGACACAGUGGAAGUUUAAUCCUCCAUAUGCUCCACAUAUGGGAGGAGCAUGGGAGAGACUCGUGCGUUCUGUGAAGGUCGCUCUAAGUGCUUUGCCAGUAUGCAGGAACCCUGACGAAGAAACAUUGUCGACGGUGCUGGUAGAAAUCGAAGGCAUGGUGAACACCCGACCGCUGACCUAUCUGGCACUGGAAAAUUCGGAACAGGAGGCGCUAACACCGAACCAUUUUUUAAUGCUCAGCUCUUCCGGUGUGAAUCAACCGGCAGUUCAACAUGUGGAUCCUCGUACAGCAUUGCGAUCGAACUGGAACCUAGCCCGUGCGAUGCUUGACCGUUUUUGGACAAGGUGGAUCCAAGAGUAUUUGCCAGCCAUCUCGAAGCAGACCAAAUGGUUUGGCGAAGCAAGGUCCCUACAAAUCGGCGAUUUGGUAGUCAUCGUGCAGGACAAUUUACGGAACAGCUGGACCAGAGGAAGAGUUGUGCGGGUAUAUCCAGGAAAAGAUGGACGUGUUCGCAAGGCAGAUGUUCAAACUUCAACUGGCAUCACUCAACGACCGGCGACUUUGCUUGCAGUGCUAGAUGUUCAAGAGCCGGCUGGCUGUAUAGCGGAAGGAACUUCGCGCAAUACGGGUGGGGGCGUGUUGGCAACCCGGCCUUGCAUUUUACAGCAGGGAUCGCGAUCGUCAGUGACAAACGACGGCAACGUCAUCGGUGACAAUACGAUCCAAAAGGAACACAAAAACGAAUAG